AUGGAGAAGAGCGGCAGUCAUAUCUCGGAGAUGGCGCACGGCAGCCGAGACUCGGUCGCCGCCUCGGGCCUGCACCUGUCCGGCAGGGCCGACGUCGGACCGCACGCGCGCACGCAGCGGCGGGAGUCGCAGUCGGCGCGGCUGGAGGACCAGAUGAACAACGAUCACCUCAUCAAGCUGCAGAAUAUGUUCGAGGAGGCGGACGAGGACGGCGGGGGCGGUCUAGACAUAGACGAGUUCCGCGGUGCGAUGCGGAAGACGAUGGGAGGCAACGUCGACGAUCACGAGCUAGACAUACUGUUCAUGAAGGUGGACACGAACUGUGACGGCACCGUGGACUGGGACGAGUAUCUCUCCUACAUGCUUCUCGAAUACCAGGAGAAGGACACGAUGACGACUAUGGCUCAGGGCAAACCCUUUCCGAACCCGGCCACCCUUUACGCGUCCACCCACAAGGACAUCAUCACUUCUAUCGCCUUCAUCCCGACUCUCUCCAACCGACAAUGCAACGCCGUCGACGGAAUCGACCAAACCGUCGGUCGCUACGCGUCGCUGAGUAAAGAAGGCGCCGUUAACUUCUGGGGAAUGGACAUGUCGCAUCUGAAGACGAUCCAUCUGGACCCGGGCAAGAGCAAAGCGAAACCGCUCUGGCUGUCCGACAUGGUGUCCUUGCCGAACGUCAACAUGCUCGCCGUGUCGUCGACCGAACGCGACAUCUACCUGUACGACACCAACGCGAACAAAUUCGACAAGAUGUUCCAGAUCACGCAGCUACAGCACUGCGCGCUGACGAUGGACUACUGGUUCAACACGGCCGACAUGAACGAAGCGAUACUCGUCUGGGGCGACGCCGGCGGCAACGUGUGCGUCGUCAAAUUCUCCGAGUGCGCGACGGCGGGGCUGUUCGGGCAGUUCGCGACGAAGCAGACGGUCGUGCAGCGUAUACCGAUGCCGCAUCUGCUGCGCGGGCUCGUACGGGGCGUCACCGCUCACAAGUUCGCGCCCCUUCACGACGACUGGGUGUGUCAGGUGAAGUACUGCCCCGGUCUCGACUGCUUCAUCUCCUGCUCGGCUGCGAGCGGCACGUCGCUGUACGUCGGCGACAUCGACCGUAAGAAACCGAGUUAUUUCUUCACGGUUCCGCGCGGCAUCCGCUGCUUCGACUACUCCGCCGACAGCAACGUGCUCGUCACGGGCGGCCUCGACCGCAGCGUGCGCGUCUGGAACCCUUACGUGACGUCGAAGGCGAUCACCGUCCUCAACGGCCACGGCGCGCAGAUCGUUCACGUGAAAGUGAACGCCGCCUGCGAGCAGAUCGUCAGUAUAUGCCAGAGCAACAACGUGCGCGUGUGGGACAUGAAGGAGCAGUGCUGCCUGCAAAGCAUCCUCGGUCGCAACCUCCCUCUCGGUACGCACUCCGUCGCCGCCGUGUAUUUCAACGCGAAGACGCAGAUGUUGAUCAUGGGCAGUAAGCAGUUGGCGACGCUCGAACGCGCCGAGCCGAAGGAGAAGAGCAAGGACUCGGCCGUGCUGUCGCACACGCACGCCGUCGUCGCCGCCAUCUACAACCGCCUCUUCAACUACGUCGUCAGCGGCUGCCACGGCUCCGUCGUCUCCGUAUGGGACAUCCGCACCGGCGAGAAGGUCAUGCAGUUUGUCAACGCCCACCGGGUGCACGACCAGGGCGCCGAACGCCCCGUGGAAAUCACGGCGAUGACCUUUGACCCGACGCUGCGGCGGUUGAUCACCGGCGGCAAGGAGGGGCUCGUGAAGAUCUGGAACUUCAACAACGGCGCGUGCCUGCGCGAGCUGGUGCCGGCGGGUCGACGAGAGGUCACCAGCAUCAUCUGUCCGAAGCAGCGCAUCAUCGUCGCCGGAUGGAAUCGCAAGGUGACGACGUUCAUCGACGACGUCGACGACGACUCGUGCAAGGAGUGGCAGUCGCGACACGCCGACGACAUCCUGUCGAUGGCUUACAUGAGUCCCGGCGUCGUGGCGACGUCCGACUACGACGGAGCGAUCAUCAUCUGGUCGCUGGAGACCGGCCACGCGCUGACGACGCUGCACUCGACGCGACGCGCGACGCAGACGAAGAAGCGGCCGACGACGCAACCUGCGACGCACACGAAGCAGUCUCGUGGCGCGACGCAGCCGAAGACGCAGACGCAGGCAAAGCAGUCGCGAGGUGUGACGCAGCCGAUGACGCAACCGAUGACGCAACCAUCAGCGUCGCAACAACAACACCACAGCAGCGCGAAGUCAUCGCCGUCGGCGGCCGGCGCCGCACACCCCCGACGCGACACAACCGGCAUCUUCGGCUACCAAAAGCGCCACCUGGCGUCCGUCGACAAGAUCAUCUUUCUGACGGCGCGCGAGAACCGUGCCGACACGGCGACGCUGCUCGCUGCGGGCGCCGACGGCUACGUGCAGGCGUGGUCGAUCCACCACGGCGGUCGCCUGCUCGGUCGCUUCCACGCGGCGCACGACCGCGGCGAGUCCGUCGUCGCUUUGCAAACCGACGCCGCCAAUCGUCUGCUAGUCAGCGGAGACUCGAAGGGUUACGUGCGCGUGUGGGACAUCAGUCGCUACUGCACGACGGCGCCAUCUGGCGAUCGGCGCGACGCGUCGUUUCCGGUGCUGCUCAACUCCUUCCGGGGUCAUCUGAAGGCCAUCACGAACCUGGAUUAUGUCGAGGAGAGCCGACUUAUCGUCUCCUGCAGUGCCGACUGCUCUAUACGCCUGUGGAGCCUGUGCGGCAGGUACGUCGGCACGUUCGGGCAGGACAAGCCGUGGAGCCUGGCGGCGCCCUUCACGCCGAAGUCGCUCAAGCGCAACCUGCCAGCCGACGUACGGAAGGUGGCGUCGGCGACGACGCUCAAGGUGCUCAAUGCCGGCAUGCGGCCGCGCUGGGCGAAGGCUCGCAACAUCUUCCUCAUGUUCGGCGCCAUCAAAGUGCUGCGACCCAACAUGCACCGGGAGAAACCGGAUGAACCGUCGGAGGUGAAUGACGGACCGGCGUCGCCAUCUUGGGACAGCGACGGAGAGAUCCGCGGACUGCUGACGAAAUCAUACAAGACCAACAGACGCCACCAGGUGGCGCCCGCACUGCCAAAGAUUCGACACAACCAGCACCAGAUGAAAGAAGUGUACAAGAAGACUCGCGCUCUGAAGCUCUUCGCGAAAGGUGGCAUCGCCGGCAUGUUGACGAAGGCGGAGUGA